UGUGCGCCGAGUGAGUGCGCCGUCAACCUCAGUGGCAAAACAGGGAAGCCAGAACACGGACUGUCGUCCCACUUAACACAGACUCCUCUUCAUCAUGGCGUUGAGAAGCGCCGUGUGUCGUCUCUUGGCGAACUCGCACAGAUCCGCCAUCAUCUCAGCCUCCAGAGCACAGGGAACUGCAGCGGCUGCCAGAUGUGAUGCCGAGAAGGUUGAGGCGAAGUCUAAAACACCGAAGGUCCAGUUCAACUGGCGCGACGGCCUGAACCUGGAGGGCCUUCUGACGGAGGAGGAGGUCAUGAUCAGAGACUCCUUCCGGACCUACUGCCAAGAGAAGCUCAUGCCUCGCAUCGUUAUGGCGAACAGAAAUGAAGUGUUCCACAGAGAAAUAGUGUCAGAGAUGGGAGAGAUGGGGGUCUUGGGCCCGACCAUUAAAGGCUACGGCUGUGCCGGGACGAGCUACGUGGCCUACGGGUUGAUCGCCAGAGAGGUAGAGGCCGUGGACAGCGGCUAUCGCUCCGUUAUGAGCGUGCAGUCGUCGCUGGUCAUGCACCCGAUCAACGCCUACGGCACCGAGGAGCAGAAACAGAAGUACCUCCCCAAGCUGGCUCGGGGGGAGAUCCUGGGCUGCUUUGGCUUGACGGAGCCAAACCACGGCAGCGACCCGAGCGGCAUGGAAACCAGAGCCAAGUACAAUCCAUCCAGUCGCACCUACUCUCUCACCGGCUCUAAGACCUGGAUCACCAACUCCCCGGUGGCGGACAUCGCCGUCGUCUGGGCCAAGUGCGACGACGGGAAGAUCCGCGGCUUCAUCUUGGAGCGCGGCAUGAAGGGCCUGACGACGCCCAAGAUCGAGGGGAAGUUCUCCCUGAGAGCCUCCGCCACCGGCAUGAUCGUCAUGGACGAGGUGGAGGUGCCCGAGGAGAACCUGCUGCCCAACGUCUCCGGCCUCGCAGGUCCCUUCGGCUGCCUGAACAACGCUCGCUACGGGAUCGCCUGGGGCGCUCUGGGUGCAGCCGAGUUCUGCUUCCAUGCAGCUCGACAGUACACACUCGACAGAAUCCAGUUUGGCGUGCCGCUGGCGAGGAAUCAGCUGAUGCAGAAGAAAAUGGCCGACAUGCUGACGGAGAUCACCAUCGGCCUGCAGGCCUGUCUGCAGCUGGGAAGGCUCAUCGAUGCUAAAAGCGCGGCUCCAGAGAUGAUCUCCAUGCUGAAGAGGAACAGCUGCGGUAAAAGCCUCGACAUCGCCAGGCAGGCCAGAGACAUGCUGGGAGGAAACGGCAUCUCCGACGAGUACCACAUCAUCCGCCACGUCAUGAACCUGGAGGCGGUCAACACGUACGAAGGUACCCAUGACAUCCAUGCCCUGAUCCUGGGCCGAGCCAUCACAGGACUGCAGUCCUUCACUGUGGGCAAAUAGAUCUAAACCUCAACCUGCCAAAACAACAGGAAGCUGCCGGCAGAAAUGUAACUCGCAUGUCACCUCAUGAGUUCCCAUCUGUAGAGUGACGGUGUUUGUUAUCACUCGGGCUUAAUAGAAUAUAUAUUUGAGUGCUUUAUUAUCAGAGAAAUAACAAGUCGUUAUUUAAGUGUGUCGGUACUUGCGGACUUGAAGUGUGAUUAAUUCAGAAGUUGAUUUUUCCAACUCAAAAAAAGGCUAUUUUUCUACUCUCAAUCACAACCCUAUCAGAGAUCUUCUCAGCUCCCAUAAUGCACCGGUGUACAGACAAAGUCGAAUUCAUUGUAUAGACUUUCAUGGACUCUCUUGUCGUGAAGUAUUGACGGUUGUGAAUGAGGUCAUGUUCUAGAUUUGCUGCUGGUUACUUUAACAUGAUAUUAUAAAAAGGAAAAGGCAUAACCACCACUUGUUUUAAACAUGUGGAGCGUUUCUAUGGUGUGAGAGAACAUCGAUGACGAGGUCAGUUACUACUGUGAGGUAUUUUGUCACUAAGAUGUCAUAACUUUGCGUGGUUUGCCAGGGGUCAAGGAUGGAGAUCAGAGCGUAACUAAAUAAGUUAUUUAAGUUUAAGGAAUAUGUGAGUUUGAUACAUUAAGCCACACCCCUCCAGCCAGCUGUUAGUCCACUCUCAGUACGAGAGUGAGGGGUCGUGAGACGAAUAAUAAGGGAGGAAAGAACUAUGUUCUGCUUUGUGUUCACAUUUUGGACUUUUCUCUAUUCUGACUUAAAAAGUGAAAAUUCAAGAAUCUUUAAACUGUCUUGAAGUGUCAUAAUUCUGUCUAAAAUAAGUUGUAAUUCUGACAUAAAGCAAUAACUACACAGAU